UUAAUCAAUGUUAGGUUCUAUUUGUGUUGUAGAAUUUUGGUUGGAGAAACUACCAAAUUUCAAUGAUUAGAUGAGGUGGCGACUUGUCCGGGGUGUACCCCGCCUUACGCCCGAAUGCAGCUGAGAUAGGCUCCGGCACCCCCUGCAACCCCAAAAAGGGACAGUGGUAGAAAAUGGAUGGAUGGCUAGAUUAACGUCACAACUUGAAACAACAUGUUUUUUGACAGUGUUUAAUCAAUUUUAGGUUCUAUUUAUGUUGUAGAAUAUUGUUUGGGAAAUUACCAAAUUUCAGUGGUGUUUCAAUGUUGUAUUUGUGUUGGAGAACAGUGGUCCCCAACCUUUUUCUACCUAGGGACCGGUCAACGCUUUAUAAUUUGUCCCGCGAAGGGUUGGAGGGGUCGGAUUUUGUUAUGUUAUUAUUAUUUUUUUGUCAUGAAAACGAGAGGUUUUUUGGGUUGGUGCACUAAUUUUAAGUGUAUAUUGUGUUUUUUAUGUUGAUUUAAUUUUUUUUAAUUUAAUUAAUAAAUUAUUCUGCGGCCCGGAACCAAUCGGUUGGGAACCACUCUUGUAGAAUAUUGGUUGGGAAAUUACCAAAUUUCAAUGGUCAAAUUUGUAUCACUUCACCCUUGCUCCUGAUGGCUGCUGGUUAGCGCCUUGCAUGGCAGCUCCCUCCAUCAGUGUGUGUGAAUGGGUAAAUGUGGAAGUAGUGUCAAAGCGCUUUGAGUACCUUAAAGGUAGAAAAGCGCUAUACAAGUACAACCCAUUUAUUUAUUUAUUUAAAUCAACGUCAGCACCCAACAUUGAUUAAACGUUGUCAAAAAGCAUGUUUUUUUUACGUUGUAUUUGUGUUGUAGAAUAUUGGUUGGGAAAUGACCAAAACUUCAAUGAUCAAAUCUACGUCACAACUUGAGACAACAUGCUCAUUGAUAAUGUUUAAUCAAUGUUUGGUUCUAUUUGUAUUGUAGAAUAUUGGUUGGGAAAUGACCAAAUUUCAAUGGUCAAAUCAACGUCAGAACCCAACAUGGUUUAAACGUUGUCAAAAAGCAUGUUGUUUCUACGUAUUUGUGUUGUAGAAUAUUGGUUGGGAAAUGACCAAAACCUCAAUGAUCAAAUCUACGUCACAACUUGAGACAACAUGCUUAUUGAUAACGUUUAAUCAAUGUUUGGUUCUAUUUGUAUUGUAGAAUAUUGGUUGGGAAAUGACCAAAUUUCAAUGGUCAAAUCAGCGUCAGAACCCAACAUUGAUUAAAUGUCGUCAAAAAGCAUGUUGUUUCUACGUUGUAUUUGUGUUGUAGAAUAUUGGUUGGGAAAUGACCAAAACUUCAAUGAUCAAAUCUACGUCACAACUGGAGACAAAAUGCUUAUUGAUAACGUUUAAUCAAUGUUAGGUUCUAUUUGUAUUGUUGAAUAUUGGUUGGGAAAUUACCAAAUUUCAAUGAUCAAAUCAACGUCACAACCCAACAUUGUUUGAAUGUCAAAAAACAUUUUGUUUCAACGUAUUUAUGUUGUAGAAUAUUGGUUUGGAAAUUACCAAAUUUCAAUUGUCAAAUCAACGUCAGAACCCGACAUUGAUUAAACGUUGUCAAAAAGCAUGUUGUUUCAACGUAUUUGUGUUGUAGAAUAUUGGUUGGGAAAUGACCAAAUUUCAAUGAUCAAAUCUACGUCACAACUUGAAACAACAUGCUUAUUGAUAACGUUUAAUCAAUGUUAGGUUCAAUUUGUGUUGUAGGGUAUUGGUUGGGACAUUACCAAAUUUCAAUGGUCAAAUCAACGUCAGCACCCAACAUUGAUUAAACGUUGUCAAAAAGCAUGUUUUUUUUACGUUGUAUUUGUGUUGUAGAAUAUUGGUUGGGAAAUGACCAAAACUUCAAUGAUCAAAUCUACGUCACAACUUGAGACAACAUGCUUAUUGAUAAUGUUUAAUCAAUGUUAGGUUCUAUUUGUGUUGUAGAAUAUUGGUUGGGAAAUGACCAAAUUUCAAUGGUCAAAUCAACGUCAGAACCCAACAUUGUUUGAAUGUCAAAAAACAUGUUGUUUCAACAUAUUUAUGUUGUAGAAUAUUGGUUGGGAAAUGACCAAAUUUCAAUGGUCAAAUCAACGUCAGAACCCGACAUUGAUUAAACGUUGUCAAAAAGCAUGUUGUUUCAACGUAUUUGUGUUGUAGAAUAUUGGUUGGGAAAUGACCAAAACUUCAAUGAUCAAAUCUACGUCACAACUUGAGACAACAUGCUCAUUGAUAACGUUUAAUCAAUGUUAGGUUCCAUUUGUGUUGUAGAAUAUUGGUUGGGAAAUGACCAAAUUUCAAUGGUCAAAUCAACGUCAGAACCCAACAUUGUUUGAAUGUCAAAAAACAUGUUGUUUCAACAUAUUUAUGUUGUAGAAUAUUGGUUGGGAAAUGACCAAAUUUCAAUGGUCAAAUCAACGUCAGAACCCGACAUUGAUUAAACGUUGUCAAAAAGCAUGUUGUUUCAACGUAUUUGUGUUGUAGAAUAUUGGUUGGGAAAUGACCAAAACUUCAUUGAUCAAAUCUACGUCACAACUGGAGACAAAAUGUUUAUUGAUAACGUUUAAUCAAUGUUAGGUUCCAUUUGUGUUGUAGAAUAGUGGUUGGGAAAUAACCAAAUUUCAAUGAUCAAAUCUACAUCACAACUUGAAACAACAUGCUUAUUGAUAGCGUUUAAUCAAUGUUAGGUUCUAUUUGUAUUGUAGAAUAUUGGUUGAGGAAAUUACCAAAUUUCAAUGGUCAAAUCAACGUCAGCACCCAACAUUGAUUAAACGUCGUCAAAAAGCAUGUUGUUUCAACGUUGUAUUUGUGUUGUUCAAUACUGUUUGAGAAAUGGCCAAAUUUCAAUGAUCAAAUCAACAUCACAAUGUGGAAAAAACAUGCUUUUUGACAACAUUUAAUCAAUAUUAGGUCUUAUUUGUGUUGUAGAAUAUUGGUUGACCAAAAUUCAAUGGUCAAAUCAACAACAGCACCCAACAUUGUGAUUAAACGUCGUCAAAAAGAAUGUUGUUUUAACGUUCUACUUGUGUUUUAGUAUAUUGGUUGGGAAAUGACCAAAAUUCAAUGAUCAAAUCAACGUCAGAACCCAACUUGUUUCCACGUUAUAUUUGCACUGCUCAGCGUCAGGACCUAAUUCAACAAGUUCUCAACGUUGUUUCAAUGUCUUGUGCCUGCUGGGAAACCCCCUACUUUAUAGCUGCUCCCCCUCUUUGGUUAGUUGUGCUUAUUAAGUACCUGGGAUAGAUUUACCUAUCUUGUCUAGCGUUCCGUGUGACCGUUUUAAUCCGCCAAAAUCUCCCGAGAGUUCACAUUUCAACACCGAGGGUCAGGGCUAUUUUUGCCAAGCAAAAAAAAAAAUUGCGUGGAGAAACAAAAAAACAACGUAAUUUUCAUUCUCUGAGGGCUCCGUUCAUGUCAAAUGUUCUUGUGGGUCCAAAAUGUUUGACGCCAAUUCUUCCCCCAGCAUCUCGAGCCUCCCAUGUGUGAUUAUGCGAUGCUCAUUAAUGCUGUAAAUUAGAAAAAAUGGGCCAUACUGUAACUCUGUAUGUGACGUGAUUGUUAUAUAUGAGUUCUUUCUCCAUCUAUUUUGUUUUCAAGAGAAGGGGGAACAAAUCAACUGUAUUUAAGGUUAUGCAUACAUCAGAUAUUCCAGCACAAACAAGAACCCAAACUCAUCAGACACUGUAUAAUUGAUGCUUUUUUAUUAUUAUUAUUAUUAUUAUUAUUAUUAUUAUUGUUAUUAUUUUGUUGAGUCUGAGAGCUGGUGGUGGCUUGACUUGAAAUGAACAAUGAUAUAUUUGAGAAGAAGACAAAUGGAUGACAUUUUGUUUGGUUCAUUUGUGGAAUAAAUCUGAUGAAAGGUG